AGCCAGCAAACCAGGAAGUCCAGAGCGGCAGAGAGGACUGAGAGAGCCCUCACCUGUCAUGACACAGAGACUUAAAAUCUAAAAGAAGCAAUGACAUCCGACAUCAGCAUAACGGAACAUGUGCCCGAGCACGACAUUCCAAAGCUUCAGUUUGUUCCAUUCACAAGUGCGUUGGACGCAGGCUUUUGGCACAAAUUAACCCAAAAAAAGCUCAAUGAGUAUCAGCUGGAUGAAUCCCCCAGGGAAAUAAAGGGUUAUUACUAUAAUGGUGAUCCAGUUCGGUUACCGACUCGCCUUACCUUGGAGUUUAGUGCCUUUGAUAUGAACGCCCCGACGCCAACCCGAUGCUGCCCUGUGCGGGGGUCCCUGUAUAAUACCAACACCUUGGAGUCAUUUAAAUCGUGUGAUAAGAAAGCUCUGCUGGAACAUGCAGCUAAUGAGAUCUUUGAUGCAAUUAUGUCGGGGAAAGCCAUUGAGGAUCCCAUUCUCCUAAAUAAAUUCAUCCUGUUAACAUUCUCGGAUUUGAAAAAGUACCGUUUUUACUACUGGUUUUGUUUCCCUGCCCUGUGCCUCCCAGACGGAGUCCAGCUGGAGACGGCGCCGGUGCCGCUGGGAGAAAGGUUUUCGGAGGUUCAGGUACAAGCUUUUCAGAAGGCAUACGACGAUUUGUUACAAGCAGAAGGCUCCUUGGCCCCGCCGUUCUUUCUAAUCCGUUACACAAAUGAUUCGUUUUCCAUGGCUCCGCUGAGCAAAUUUGAUGAAUUUUAUAAAGACACAGAAAAGCUAACGCUGGGAUUUUACGACCCAAGCACCUUACCAAGUCACCCGGGCUGGCCCUUGCGGAACAUGCUGGCGAUGGUGGCGUACCAAUGGGGCAGUCGAUUUCCGUCGGUGGAAGUUAUCAGUGUUAGAGACCGGACCAUGCAGGGGGCGAGGGACGUAACACACAGCCUGGCCUUCCAAAUUACUCUCCCUCAGACCACGCUUAGCCAAGCCUGCCCAAAAGCCGUUGGAUGGGAGAAAAACCAAAAAGGGGUAAUGGGCCCAAGAAUGGUUAACCUCAGCGAAUGUAUGGAUCCAAAAAGAUUAGCGGAGUCAUCCGUAGACCUCAACCUGAAACUCAUGCGCUGGCGGUUGGUUCCUUCUCUGGACUUGGAGAAGGUGAUUUCGGCCAAGUGCCUGUUGUUGGGAGCCGGGACCCUGGGCUGUAACGUGGCUCGGACGCUGAUGGGCUGGGGAGUCCGACAUAUAACGUUUGUGGACAAUGCCAAAAUCUCCUAUUCUAACCCCGUCCGGCAGCCUCUGUAUGAAUUUGAAGACUGUCUCGGAGGGGGGACCUCAAAGGCCCUCGCGGCCGCCGCAAAACUGCAGAAGAUCUUUCCUGGUGUGACAUCUAACGGCUUUAAUAUGAGUAUCCCGAUGCCGGGGCAUCCCGUGAACUUCUCCCAGGAGACCCUGAUCCAAGCGCAGGACGAAGUGGAGAAGCUGGAGCAGCUCAUAGCAGAACAUGACGUGAUAUUCCUUCUAAUGGACACCAGGGAAAGUCGCUGGCUCCCCACAGUCAUCGCUGCCAGCCAGAGGAAGUUGGUCAUCAACGCUGCCCUGGGGUUUGACACGUUCGUGGUGAUGAGACACGGUUUGAAGAAGCCACGGAUUGAGGAUGCGGGCGACUCUUGCGCCGAGAUCUCCUGUGAUCUCCAGGGCUCCUCUCUCUUCUCCAAUAUCCCCGGCUACAAGCUCGGCUGUUAUUUCUGCAACGAUGUCGUGGCACCAGGAGACUCCACCAGAGACCGUACGCUGGACCAGCAGUGCACCGUCAGCCGGCCUGGGUUAUCCAUGAUCGCCGGGGCGUUAGCCGUGGAGCUGAUGGUAUCUGUAAUCCAGCAUCCCGAGGGGGGAUAUGCUGUUGCGAGCAGCAGUGACGACCGUAUGAACGAACCUCCCACCUCGCUUGGGCUCGUACCACAUCAGAUCCGAGGAUUUCUAUCCCGAUUCGACAACGUGCUGCCGGUGAGCCUAGCGUUUGACAAGUGCACCGCCUGCUCCGUGAAGGUUAUCGAGCAGUACGAGAUGGACGGGUUCCAGUUUUUGAGAGAAGUUUUCGAUUCCUCGCACGCGUUCCUGGAAGAUCUGACGGGUCUCACGCUGCUCCACCAGGAGACGCAGGCCGCCGAGAUCUGGGAUAUGAGCGACGAUGAGAUCAUCUGAAAACAUAAAGAACGGGGCGGAAAACCGGGCAUCUCCGCGUCCGUCUCCAGAUAAAUCCCCCCCCCCCCGACACAACCGCCUCGCUCCACGUUCCCCGGCCGCCUCGCUCCGCCUUCCCGCGCGUCCGUCUGUCACGUUCCGUAUUCAUCUGUUUGGGAAAUAAACGCCGUCUCGCUUGAAAUAUCCGGUUAGUAACGGAAAUCUUUGGGUUGGGGUAGAGGGCGCUCGGUGGGGUAAUGGGGGGGGCAUCUGGGCAAAAUGUCAGCAAAAACGGUAUCAGUUCAUUUAAAUUUAAUUAAAACUGAUAAAAGCCA